CCACGCGAAGACCAGGGAGCCAGUCAUCUCAUUGCUGCUAGCUCGGUUCAGCAAAGAAGUGAAGAUGGCCAAAGUCCCUGACCUCUUUGAAGACCUGAAGAACUGUUACAGUGAAAAUGAAGACUACAGUUCUGAAAUUGAUCACCUCUCUCUGAAUCAGAAGUCCUUCUAUGAUGCAAGCUAUGAGCCACUUCAUGGGGACCACAUGAAUAAGUUUAUGUCCCUGGAUACCUCGAAAACCUCUAAGACAUCCAAGCUUAGCUUCAAGGAGAAUGUGGUGAUGGUGGCAGCCAAUGGGAAGAUUCUGAAGAAGAGACGGUUGAGUUUAAAUCAGUUCAUCACCGAUAAUGACCUGGAAGCCAUUGCCAAUAAUACAGAAGAAGAAAUCAUCAGGCCCAGAUCAGCACAUUACAGCUUCCAGAGUAACGUGAAAUACAACUUCAUGAGAGUCAUCCACGAGGAAUGCAUCCUGAACGACGCCCUCAAUCAAAGUAUAAUUCGAGAUAUGUCAGGUCCAUACCUCACGGCUGCUACAUUAAAUAAUCUGGAUGAGGCAGUGAAAUUUGACAUUGUUGCUUAUGUAUCAGAAGAGGAUUCUCAGCUUCCUGUGACUCUAAGAAUCUCAAAAACUCAACUGUUUGUGAGUGCUCAAAAUGAAGACGAACCUGUCUUGCUAAAGGAGAUGCCUGAGACACCCAAAAUCAUUAAAGAUGAGACCAAUCUCCUCUUCUUCUGGGAAAAGCAUGGCUCUAUGGACUACUUCAAAUCAGUUGCCCAUCCAAAGUUGUUUAUUGCCACAAAGCAAGAAAAGCUGGUGCACAUGGCAAGCGGGCCACCCUCCAUCACUGACUUUCAGAUAUUGGAAAAAUAGCCUUGAUUGUGCACUCUACUUACUUGUAAAGUGGUGACCAUCCGUAUGUACUAUGUACAUGAAGGAGUGGAAUCCUUCGCUGUUAGUCACUUGCUGAGCAUGUGCUGAGCCUUUGUAAUUCUAAAUGAAUGUUUACUCUCUUUGUAAGAGAGAACACAAAGUCCAGUAGAACCAACACUAACAUAUAAUGUUGCUUGUUAUUUAAAGAACACCCUAUACUUUGCAAACUACCAAACAAUUUAAUUAUUAUUCUGCACAAUAAUCUUGGGAAGACUGAGGCUACUAUCUGUGGCUACAAAAGGUUCUUUCCACAUUAUAGAUGAGUAAACUAAGGCAUAAGAAUAUUAAUACCCAUGACAGCAGUUGAAAUAAGCCAUGGACACACAAUUUCAUUCCAACUGCUCAGCUUCUACUUUUAAGCCACUGAUGGGCCCUUUAUCAAAUACUGUAAGUUUCUGGGGUCUCAGUUUGACCAUCUUCAAAAUCAAGGUAAUGAUGACUAUAGUCCUCCUACCUCAAUAGUAUUUUAUGCCAAUGAGUUCAUUUAAGUAAAAUUUUUCUUGAAGCUGAGCCUCAAGAAGAAUUCAAAGUAUGAAAUGUUGUUUUAAGUUAUUAUUUAUAUAUGCAUAUAUAUUUAUAACCAUUAUUUCUAAGAUAUUAUUAUUAUUUCUAACAUAUUAUUAUAUUUAUGGCAAUUAUAUUUAUAUUUAUGGCAAUCCUUGCAAUCUCUGAGUAUGACCAGGUAUCUUCAAUAAUAGUAGACAGUGUUUUCCAGGCUGAGUGAGUUUGAGGUACUAAAGCACUUUGGUUCAAGUUGUGCCUUUUCCAUUGUCAUGAACUUCUGCAUUCCAGUACCUGGGAGCCCUGUGAUUAUGAUAAU